GAAGACUGACUCGGUGGCCGACCAAUCGGCGUCUCGGAUGGUCCAAACGAACUCGACGCUGGCAGAUUUGAAUCUCCGGCGGCGCUGGAAGCAGUCAGAAGAAGAAGGCGAGAGGAACCCGAAGGAGAAGGAAGUGAAAAGUAGAUAAAAUGAGCUGGGCUGUAGAAGAGUGGAAAGAAGGCCUUUCCACAAGAGUCCUUCACAAGAUUCAAGAACUUGAAAGUCAUCUGGAGAAGCUUAAAAAAGAGCGACAGCAGAAGCAGUUUCAGCUGGAAUCUCUAGAGGCAGCAUUACAAAAACAAAAACAGAAGGUUGAGCAAGAAAAAAAUGAAGGAGCAACUCUGAAGAGAGAAAACCAGAAUUUAAUGGAACUGUGUGAUAACUUAGAAAACGCAAGACAGAAACUUUGUCAUGAACUUCAGGUGAAAGAAUCACAGGUUAACUUUCAAGAGGGGCAACUCAUUUCAAGCAAGAAAAACAUCGAAAAGCUAGAGCAAGAACUUAAAAGAUACAAAUCUGAAUUGGAAAAAAGUCAGAAGAUCAGUAUUGCUGGAGAUGCAUCUUUCGAUAGCACACCACAGAAGAACUUCAUUGCUCCUCUGACACCAACUUACUAUGAUUCAAAAUUUGAAGAACUGCAAGCAAAAUACAGUAAAGAAGUUGAAGAAAGGAAAAGACUGGAAGCAGAACUGAAGAGCCUGAAGUCUCAGAAAACAAAUGCCAUGUGUCCUGAAAGUAUGAUAAGUCGCAGAGCAAUUGCUCGGCAGCAAGCUUCCUCAUCAGUGUUCUCAUGGCAACAAGAGAAAACACCAAGCCACUUUUCAUCCAGUAGUCAAGAAACUCCUAUAAGAAAUGGGUCAGUGACAUCACACCUUCCUCAGGAACCUGGGGCAACUCCAAGUCACAGAUAUCUGAAAUCAGCAAAGAAAGAGUUCACCAGCUCCAGUGUCCUCAGCAGUUCAAAGGAUUCUCCACUCCUCAACAAGCUGAAAGCCCAGAACCAAGAGUUAAGAUCCAGCAUUCAGGAACUGGAGCAUAAACUGCAAAUUCAAACACAAGAUAUGAAAUUCAGCCUUACUAAACUUCAGGAAACUCAGCUACAACUUGAAAAUCUAAAAUUGGAAUUAGCUGAAAAAGAUAAAGUUCUGAACAAGACCAAAAAUGAAAUGAGCAGAAUUACAGCACAACUUGAUCAAGCUACUGAUCAGUGUGCUGCAAAAGAGGAAAAGGUGAAAAGGCUUUCAGAGGAGCUCAGUUAUCAGCGACAAAAUUUCCAAAUAGCCCAACAUGCUUUACAAGAGAAAAUAAAAGAGAAGGAAAAAGAAUGCCAAAAGGAACACUCUCUUCAUCUUGGACAGGUCAGGUCCAGUCUACAAGGGGAACUGCUUCAAGCCAAAGAUAACUAUAAUCUUCUUAAAGCUGAACUGGAAAAAACCUGCUCAGCAAAGCAGGAACUUCAAAAAAAGGCUAAUGACUUGACAGAGAAAUUGAGUCAAGCAAACCAGACUAUGCAGACAAUAAAACUGGAGGGAAAUGAAUUGAAGAAUAUGUGUGAGGAAGUAAAGAAGCAAAACAGCCUCAUCAGCUGCCAGGCAGCUCAGCAACUACAAGAAAUAUGCCAAUUAAAAGAUGAGCUUUGUGUAACCAAACAGCUUCUACAGCAGAGUCAACAUGUUUCUGAAGACAUGAAAAAUAAAAAUAGCUCUUUGGAAAAUGAGUUAAAAUUGCUUGAAGGGAAACUUAAUAAGCAAGAUAAUUUGGUUAUUUUAGAGAAUAUGAAACUUGCUAUUUCAGACUUGGAAAAUCAACGAGAUUCUCUCCAGCAGCUCUUGAAGCAUAAAGAAAACAUAGUUGAAGAGCUUAGUAUGAAACUGGGAGAACUGGAAACGUUGCAAAAAGCUUGUGCAGAAGGUGAAGGACUUAAAAUAGAGAUUGCGAUUCUUUCUCAAUGGAAAAAAGAAAAUGAACAACUCUUGAUUGAGCUUGGCUUAGAAAAGGAAGGAUUGAAGCACAAAAUUUGCAGCUUGGAAAAUGCUCUGAUGAUUGAACAGGUUAAAAGUAAAGAGAGUCUAAGAGCUCUUGAAAAUGAAAAUGUAAGCAUAAAUCUGGAGAUGAAAAAUCUCAAUCAAAUUGUGGAAGACAAAACAAGAGAGCUACAGGUGCUAAGAAAAGCCAAUGCUGACCUUCAAGAAAAAAAUGCAACAUCUGAAGAAAAACAUAGGAAAGAGAGAGAAAACAACUCACUGAAAUUAGCUGUGUUAGUUAAACAGGUGGCUGACCUACAAGAAGAGCUAGAGUCAUCUAGAAAUGAGGUAUUAGAAAAUAAAAAAUGUAUUGCCUCUCUUGAAGCAUCUCUUGCUUCCUGUGUGCAAUUAGACAUACACUUACAAAAACAAUCAGAAGGACUGUCCCAAGCCAGAGAUGAAAUGCAAAGAAAAUUGAUGGAAGUAGAGCAGAAACAUACAGAUUUUGUACAGGAAAAGGAACAGGAGAUUAGUAGAUUACAAACAACUCUAUUUGACAAGCAGGACUUGCUCACUAAAGUGUUGGCAUCUCUUAAGGAAAGUGAUGAGAAACUCAAAAUGUUGAUAAAAGAAUCAGAUGGCCAACAAGCAGACAUUCAGGAUUUAAAAAUAGAAAAGUUAUUACACGAGGAUUCAGCACAGCAGCUACAAAUUCUGCCUCCAUCAGUAAGCCAAAAGGAACUUGAUUUGUCUAUGCCAUUAUCCUCAAAUAAAAAGGAAAAUGAACAAGUUAAUGUAGAAAAUUCCAUCGUUAAAAGUACUGUCAAUAAUUUAGAACUAAAAAAUCUGGACUUCGUGCAAAGAAACCUAUCUCUUUCUAAUAAUUUGAGGGAAAGGGAGGAAAACCUCUUGGAGCUGUCAGACAGUCAUAGCGAAAAUAAUUUGUUGAUGUCAGAAGCUAAAAAGGAAUUGGAAAGGAAAUGUUUAUCACUGGAAGCAAAGAAUGAGAACUUAGAAUGUGUUUUCAGGGAGGAAGCAUACCAUCUUGAAGUGGAGAAAGCCAAAUUUGAAGUUCAAGAGAAACAACGUACAAGUAAAUGUGAGGAACUGGACUUAAAGCUUAUGUCUUUGGACAAGAAAAAAGAUCCCUUGCUUUUGCAACUUGAAAAAAAUCAGCCAGUGCCAGAAACAGGUGAGAUUUUAAGACAGGAGGGGGCAGCACAAAAUAAAAUGCAAUAUUCUGGCAGUAUGUUGCUGCAAGGGAAAGGGCAACUGGUUGAGGCAAAGAAAAUGAGGAAUGAGCAUGCAACAAAUGACUUGACUUUAGACAAUACUUCCCUGGAACAGCUCAGAUUAGCUAUGGAAGAAAAGGAAGAUGAAUUGCAUAAAUACCAAGUUAAACUUGAGAUGCUUCAAAUGGAUAUUGAGGAUAAAGAAGUUUUUUUAGAAAACUACUUUGUACAAGUAAAGCAAUUGGAGACUGUUUUGAGAACGAUGGAAAUGAAACUGGAAGAAAGUGAAAUAGAAAAAGAGAACUUGAAACAGGAACUGCAAGGUCUUAAACAUUUAGAAAACCAGACUUCAGAAAUGUCAGCGGUAGAUGGGAAUGAUCAGUCAUCAAUGUAUUUCAGUGCUGAUACCAAGGGCAGCAUUUACGAAGAAACAGAUGCCAACUGUUCAUCACUUCCUCACAAUCUGAUGCCUGGCCAAAAUGAUUAUGUCCAGUUAGUAUCUUCCCUACAUAUGACUUUGAACAAGCUAAAUGAAUUGGAGAAAAUGUGUGAACACCUGCAGAUAGAAAAGUUAGAGCUGAAAGACUCACAAUUGGAAUGUAUCGUGAGCACAGAUAUUAUGGCACAAGAACUCAUGGACAAAAGUAACAAGGUAAAAGAAGAGGGACUUCCUUUUUCUAGUGUAUUGAUAGAUAAAAAUAAAAUAACAGCACAACCUGAUGUGGAGCAAAUACAUGUAAUCUCUCUGGGAUGUUGUGAUGGAAUUGACUAUGAAGAUUUCAAACUAUCUAACAAAGAAAUUAAAGCACACUUUGAAAGUGUCAAAGAAAAAAUAUUUUCUUUGAAAAAGCUAUAUGAGGAGCAGAGUUUGAAUAUGUCCUCCAAAAUAUCAGAACUACAGUGUUAUAUUGAAAUGUUGAAAGAAAAGAAUAUUGCACUGUCAACAAGCCUCUACCAAGUUGAUACUGGUUCAUUUGCAGUUCAGAUGACCCCAUGCCCAGUGGAUAUAGUGUAUCAGUCAGAUGAAUUUUUUUGCAUUGAGUUUCCAUAUUGUGGUGAAACUUCCUAUUAUACCAAUAUUACUCUUACGGAGUCCAGUUUUGAUGGUGAUCUGUACAAACCACCAAGUAAAAUAGAUGGACUACAUAAUAACAAACAAGCUAAUCUAGAAGGUAUAGCUGACAGAGAUUGCCAUUCUCUUCCAGAGAUGUACAGUAAUGAUAAAUGGGUCUCUCUUGUGAAACAGGAGCAUCUCAUUACCAAAAGGCCUAGUCUGAAAAAUAAAAUUGAACCCUUGCUGAGUGAGCCUCUUGAGAUGUCUUUCAAGAAGCUUGAAGAAUCAUUUUGGUCUCAUAAAAAUCUGGAAGACAAGGAGAUACAAAAGAUUCAAGAGUUACUCCAUUCUGUAAGAGAGGAGGUAGAUGGUCUCCAAAAGCAAACUGUAUCUGACAACAAACAAUGGCAUCAAAAACUCCAUAAUGUGAUAUUGCAGGUAACAUCUACAUUGACCACUGAGAAGAAACAUAUUGAGAUGUUAUCUCAAGUACAAGAAGAACCACAACCGAAAUUGGAAGACCACAAUUUCAGUUUUCAGCCACUACUUUGCGUUGAAAGCAAACAUCAUUCACAGAUUCCUGCUGAGCAAGCAAAUCAUCCCUUGUGUCAACUGGAAGAGUAUGAUUUCUCUAAUGAGAACUUGGUUCUUGAAAUGGUGAAUAAUAAAGUAACAGCAAGGACAUGUGAAGCAAAUGGAACAGAAAUAAAGAGAUUGGUUUCUGAAUCAGAAAUUAGUGUAAAAUCUACAGAAAAACUACUUUCAGGUGUAGAUUCAGAAACCAGAAAAACAGCAAAUAAAUCUGUUGCUCCCACAAACUGUCCUGAUGUGCUAUCAUUUCCUCCAAAUUACAGCAGGAGUACAGUGCCUAUGACUUUCUUGGAAAACCAUAUGAUUGUGGAUGGGCCUUAUUCCGAAAUAAAGCAGGAUUAUAGUAAAAAUAAGUUUUCCUGUAACUUGGAGGAAAGCAGUAAAAAUGUUGAUUCUCUGCAACUGGAAAUCCAAUGUUUAAAGUCAAAUUUGGAUUUGAAGGACAAAGAAUUGGCUGAAAGGAUAAAUGUUUGUGCGGAGCUGGACAAAACAGUUGCAGUACUCAAACAAGAAAAGAUAGACUUAAGUGAGGCACUGAAAUCAGUUACUUUUGAUAACCAGCAAUUAUCGUAUAAUCUGAUGACUCUUGGGAUAGAACUGAACAAGGCAAAAACUGAUCUGGACAUGUAUAAACGAAGACUCUCUGAUGCAACAGAUGCUCUUCAUGAUUUAGAAAUAACGAAGGCAGACUGGACUGAGAAGUUUCUUGAAACUGAGAAUGAACUGAGAAGGAUAAAAUCAGAGAAAACGAAUGUUGAAAACCAUGCACUAUUCAUGGAGGCUGAUAUUGAAGAGCUUCAGUCAAAGAAUAAGCAGUUAGAAAAGGACAAGGAAAAUGAAUUGAAAACCAUUUUUGGCCUUCAAGAUCAGCUUCGUAUAAUCACAACUGAGAGAAACCAAUUUAUUCAAGAUCUGAGUGCUUUGUCAAAGGAUAAAGAAGAAUUAGAUCAAAAGUGCCAAAAAAUGCAAGAAACUAUAAAAGAACUUGAGUCGAGUCGAGUGGAUUCUGCUGAAUUUAUCAGGAUAUUGGAAACAGAAGCUAAGACCCAGGCAAAAUUGCUUCAGGUUGCCAAGGCUGAUAAUGAUCAGUUAUCAUCACAAAAAGAGGGCCUUAUAUUGCAGUUACAGAAUUUGAAUAAAGUUGCAAGGGAUCUUGUGUUAGAAAAAGAGGAAGCACAAAACCAAGUAGAGUGUCUAAGAGAGGAAAAAGAAGCAAGCCUUCAGGAAUAUGAAACCCUACACAGCAAGUUAAGUAUCUCCAAAAUGGAAAAUGCCAAAAUUUCCAAGUCUUUGGAAGGGUCACUCAUAGAAAAGGGUGAGCUUGCAGAUAGACUGAAUUCUGCCCAGGAAGAGGUGGAUCAGCUGCGACGGGGCAUUGAGAAACUAAAAAUAAAAAUAGAAGCCGAUGAAAAGAACAAACAUUGCCUGGCUGAAAAAUGGAAAGAAACUGAGCGUAAAGCUGACUCUCUUGUAGACAAAAUUGAGAGCCUUGAAAGAGAAUUGCAGAUGUCAGAGGAGAAUUUGGAGGAUGCAAUUCUUCAAGCAGAGGUGGCUAAAGCAGAGACAGAAAUAGCAAAUGCUGAGAUAGAAAAGAUGUGUGUGACCUUGCAAGGUUUAGAAUGUGAAAUGAAUGCCUUAAAAUCAGAAAAAGAGUAUCUAGAGAACAAACUGGAGGAAAAACAAGUCAAACUAUCCAUUUUAGAAAGUUCUCAUAUAGCACUUGUGAAACAGGUAGAAGAAGAAGAGAAGGGAAAAGUGAAAAUGAGAGGUGAAUAUGAAAGGGAACUUUUGCCAAUGGAAUUCCAGUUGAACCAUGUCCAUGAGGAAGUAAAACUGUCUCUCAGAGAGCAAGAGAUUCUUGGGGCAAAUGAGCAGGAUCUGUUUAAUAAAAUAACUUCUCUCAGACAGGAGAAUACACAGUUAGUUCAUCAUCUGGAGGAAGGAAAACAUAAAAAUUCUGAAAUAGAAGAACUUACAGAAGCCCUGAUUCAAGCAUUCCAAGACAUCAUGCAAAAAAUGGAUAAAAAUUCUUCUUUUCUUGAGCAGAUGCCAAAGAGUGGAAGUUUGCAGGAUAUUUCACAGGAUUCACAAGAAUCUUUUAAACUUUCUGAAGAGGAGUUGGAAACCGUAACAUCUGAAAAAAAUGCCUCCCUUGGAAAGGGGGGAAAAUUUAAGAAAGAAUAUGUUGCUUUCCGUCAUAAAUUUCAGCAGUGGUUAGAAAGCUGUAUUGAACUAAAGCAGGAAAAAAAACUCAUGAUGAACCAGAUUCACAAACUUGAGACCCAGCUGAAGAUGGCACAUCUAUGUUGUCAUAAGGAUACUUAUACCAAGGAAAUGGAAUGGUUGGGUGGAUCAUUUGAAGAGAGAGCCAUGGAGACAGAUAAGACCCUGGAGCGGAAAAAACUGAAGGUUUCUGUUGAAGAGACAGCCACAGAGGCAGAUCUGAACCUGGACAAGUUCUGUGCCCUGCUCAUUAAUCACCACAAAUUAGAGGAAGAAAAUGAGAUGUUAAGAACACAAGUCUCUUUAUUGAAUGCUCAACUGAAGCAAAGCAAUAUCACCAGUUCUCCUUGCCAAAGUUCACAAAGCCCAGCAAAGAGUAGUGAUAGGUACCCUAUAGAACAUACAUUAUCUGAAGAGGUUACUGAGAUUACUUCAACGAGCUGCAAGUCCCAAGAAAACAGAAGCAUUAGUGAAGGGGUCACAUCUCCUUUACUGGAGACCAUUACUAAUAAAAGUAAUGCAUUUCAACAUCAUAGUCCUCUGGUGCUCCAAGUCAACACAGAACAUGAAUCUGAUGGCUCCCUGGUAAUGGAGAGAGAAGGAACCGACAGCCCUUGUCUUUCCCAUUCAUCAAAUCAAAGAAAGAGUCCUUGCCUUGUCUAUCAAAGCUUGAGAAUCUCCCAGUUUUCCAGUAACCCAGAUGAGAACAGUGACUUGUCUGAGAACCUUAAAGCACCAGCAGAGGGCAGCAAACUACAAAAGAUAAGCAAUGCUCAGCUGCAAGAUGUACAAGUUCUUGGUUCAUCCCUGGACUUUACUUCCAGAUCUCCACUUUCUGCCUUUAACCAGUCAAUCCAAGCAGAUGCUGAAAGAUUUGAAAGAUCUGCUGAAUGUCUUCAUAGCAUCCCAACCAAAUGGUCCCUAAAUUCAGAAGAAAAUGAACUGAAUGAAGCCUGCCAUGUACAGUGAAUCUGAACUAUUUCAGAAAUAAAACUGUUGAGUAUGAAGGAUAGUUCAGAUACAAAAGGAUAACAACAAAUUCAGUUUGUGACCAUCUUUCAGAGCCAGUUUAGAUAAUAUCCAAUAGAAAAUUUGUGUUUACUGCAUUUAUGGCACCAGGAAGCUUGCUGCUGAUCCAGACUUCCAAGAACAAUCAGCUAUAUGUAUGAUCCUUACCUUUCCGUUACCUGCAGAUGUUUCAUUUUAGCGAAACAUGCAUUUCUAUUGUGUGCAGGGUCAGGGAAUUACAUAUGGGAAGAGAUCCUGAGGCAGCUCCCCAGUAUAUUCAAGCUCUGGCCUUCUGCAACAGUGUCAUCCCAGGUGCACAUCAUGCACUGAUACUAGGGUGCUUCCAGAUGGAAAGCUACCAGUCAAAAUUGUGUGUAUCCUGCUUUUCCCACCUUGACUUUUUUCUUGACUUUUUUUUAUAUGAAAGACGGGAAAAUACCUCUAGUUACCCCUGUAACCUGGGAUACAGAUGAAUUGGGCAAACUAUGGUCUGGGUGUCAUGCAUUCAGCCCACAAUGCCCAACAAUUUUCCCAUCACUGUCCUAGAACAAAUGGGGAGAAUUUUUUAUCUGGAAAUGGCCAGUAACAGCCUCAAGCCUUUGAGAGCACUGUUGAUCAUUUUGCCAUGUUUUCAUUUUCAUUUUUGCUCCCCUCCUUUUUUUUAGGGCCUGUAUAAUUCUUUAUUCAAAACUUCCUAUGAUUUCCAGCUAUUUCCUGUUUUGUUUUGUUUCUAAAGGUUAUAUAGACCUAAGAAAAGUUAUCAGAAUGCUAAAAACUUUGCAAAAUAGCCUGCAACAUCCCCCGAGGUUGAAUUAUUGGCCAUUUUGGAGUGUGUGUGGGGGAAUCCCACAUGGUGACAAUAGUGUUUCAGAAAUCCCCCAGAAGAGCAAUACAGUCCCACUCCUACAUCUGGCAGUUGCUCACAUCUAGGGAAAGUGGUUGCAGGAUAAAAGUUUCUUCUGGGCAUAUCCCAGAAAGUAAAUGCGUUUGAGUUUGUUCUGGCCCUGGAAGAAAGAGUUGUUUGCAUUGGAUUUCCCUCAAAAGAAAUCCUUGGUCUAUACUGCAGCCUUCUCAUCUAUUUCCUACUGUGUUGUCUUUCUUGCAGUAGGGGAGUGGCAACUUCCAUUGAAAGACAUUAGCACUCCUUCCUCAGAAAUCUUUAGCUUUAGUACCAUUUGAAAGUUACAGGGUUCACACAGCACUAAACUUUGGUCUGACACUUUGCAGAAAGGAGCCCACACAAAGCUGGGAGAUCACUUGCUCCUUCCGCUCAGGGUAGGGAGAAUUUUGUUUUUUAAGCUCAUAAUAUUCUGUUUUGCUUUGCUGAAUUUAUGUUUCCCUGACAUUCAAACUUGGAACCAUAGCUCCUGAAAAACCCAAUUCAUCUGCUAAACCAGGCCAAAUACUGUACAAAUGGGGGUUUAUUUUAAACCGCAGCUCCUGGCUGGCACAUAACCACAAGUGAGGAACCAGCUAAAGUGAAAUGGAUGUCUGAUUUAUUCCAUGUUAGUUGGAAGCAAAUGAAGGGGGUGGGGAAGAGACCAUUGAAAUGUGUGGCACUGUGUGGAGUUGCUUCCUCCAUGUACAUAGUACUAGGUUUAGCAUUAGAUGGAAACACUGACUGUCCUUUUUCUCCCAAUAAUUUGGUUAGUGGGGCAUGUCCUUCCCCCUACACUUGUGUUGGUGAACCCAUGGCAUGCAUACCAUCUGUGGUACACAAAGCCAUCAGAGAGGCUGCCAAACGGUUGCCACUAAAAGGAGAAGUGGGGAGGUGUGUGCAUGUGCUGGCCUGUCUCCUUGCUGUGGCCCGGUUCUCCCAUAGAAAAUUGAGCUAUGACGAGGGGUAGUGCACAGCCCUUCUGGGUGGAAGUCCCGCUGCUUCUGACUGGAAGCUUGCUACCCUUCCAGCUGGAAGUUCUGCUUCCCUGGGCACAAUCCCCUGGGGGAUGCCAUUACCUUCCUUCUCCUCCCAGACUUGGGUGGGGGGAGUUUUGUGUGCUUUCAAGUUGUUUCAAGCAGCCCUAAAGCAACCCUAUCAAGGGGUU